AUGCGACAGUUAGCUACUCGAGCUGCAUUUGCGGCAAUUUUCCUCGCGUUGCUUGCGAUCGCGCACGGUGACGAUGAAUCGAUAAGCAUGGACAUAAGAAUGAGUAUGGACAUGCACGAAACCCCCAACGCAUCCUCCUCAACGUCACUCAUCUCGCCGAACAUCCCCUGCGAUGGCUACUUUGCCUGUGGCAAGCACUCCAGUACCAUCAUGGCGCACAUUGCGCUCAUGGUCCUGAGCUGGUGCUUAGUUCUUCCUCCAGCGGUCAUGCUCAGCAUUGUGCGCUCGCGACUUGCGCUCCCGUCACAAUUCCUGUUCCUGGUCUUGAAUGCCUUCGGUCUGGUCCUCGGAGCCAUCUAUAACACCCAGACACCCGAUCUGUACGAGAACAAUGCUCACCACAAGAUUGGCUGGAUCGCGACAUGGGUCAUCAGCACUCAGGUCAUCCUGGCCUUGAUCUUCCUGUAUGCCGGCCGUGGUAUGCCAAAGUCGCAGUCGACCUCAUUUGAGCGCGCCGCGUUCUUGCCUGUCACCACAAACGAGCACGAGAGCGCUUGCCCGACAGGCGCGAUGCAUGGGUACGGCUGGUCUCGCGACAGCGGUCAGGGAACCGACCUUGGCUCAUCUAUCCACAGCCUUGGAUCACCAUCCUGUAUAUCGCAAGAUGAGUUGGAGUGUUUCGAAAUGCCAGAGGAGUCCCCGAUGCCUUCUGGCCUGCGCGGCUGGUUCCAUAGCUCCGUUGUCGAUCGCUUUCUCUCGAAACACGUGCCGGGAAUGGCCUCAAACCGUGUCCUGCGCAUUUUCAAUGGCGCAUACAACGUGAUUGACCGGAUUAUCCUGCCGUUUGGCUGCGUCGCCAUUUUGACCGGCGCGGUCACCUACGGGGGUAUUUUCCGGGACAAGGACAUCUUCAACGGCCUGGCGCAUUUCAUCAAAGGUGGAAUCUUCUUCUGGUAUGGAAUCCUCACACUCGGCCGCUUUAUUGGAGCCUGGGCGGACUUAGGUUGGGCCUGGAACAAGAAACCCCCGGCGUCAGUCGUCGGCUGGAAGGCCACAGUUCCUUCGGGUGAGUUUGUGGAGUCGUUCGUUAUCUGGCUGUAUGGUAUCACCAAUGUUUUCCUGGAGCACCUGUCAAAUUCUGGUGGUGCAUGGUCUGCGGCUGAUAUGGAGCAUGUCUCUAUUUCCGUCAUGUUCUUUGGUGGUGGUUUGGUUGGCAUGCUGCUCGAAUCCCAGCGCAUUCGUGACGCUCUCAAUAGCACUCUCUUUCGCUUCCCUUCCCAUGACUCUCGCGACGAAAACUGGCAGCCUCCCAGGUCGCAGGGCGUGCCCCUCAACCCGAUGCCGGCUCUGAUCAUCCUGCUUCUUGGCACGAUGAUGGGAUCGCACCACCAAGAUAGCAUGACAUCGACCAUGGUGCACAAGCAGUGGGGUAAUUUGCUUGUCGGCUUCGCGCUCGCUCGUGGAAUGACUUAUGUCCUCCUUUUCUUGCGCCCGCCAAGUUCUUACCUCCCCUCUCGCCCUCCUACAGAGAUCGUGUCUGGCUUCUGUCUCAUCGCUGGUGGGGUCGUCUUCAUGCUGAGUACCCGCAACGUUAUCGAGACCAUGGAAUUUUACAAACUGGACGCCAUGUUCACCUUUACGGUUGCAAUGGGCUUCACGGCCUUCGUUAUGUGCCUAGUAAUCCUGAACAUCGUGCUCAAGGCGUGGGCGGUGAAGAGCGAGCAGCAGCCGCAGCUGAACGGAAGCUUUGUCCUGGAAAGUCAGGUCACAUCCUCGUAA